AUGACUUCAACACGUACAGGAGAAGAUGAGGUUGGAGCUACAGGAGAAUGUGUUGUUGAAGCAACAGGAAAAGAUGAUGUUGGAGCUACAGGAGAAGAUGAGGUUGGAGCUACAGGAGAAUGUGUUGUUGAAGCAACAGGAAAAGAUGAUGUUGGAGCUACAGGAGAAGAUGAGGUUGGAGCUACAGGAGAAUGUGUUGUUGAAGCAACAGGAAAAGAUGAUGUUGGAGCUACAGGAGAAGAUGAGGUUGGAGCUACAGGAGAAUGUGUUGUUGAAGCAACAGGAAAAGAUGAUGUUGGAGCUACAGGAGAAGAUGAGGUUGGAGCUACAGGAGAAUGUGUUGUUGAAGCAACAGGAAAAGAUGAUGUUGGAGCUACAGGAGAAGAUGAGGUUGGAGCUACAGGAGAAUGUGUUGUUGAAGCAACAGGAAAAGAUGAUGUUGGAGCUACAGGAGAAGAUGAGGUUGGAGCUACAGGAGAAUGUGUUGUUGAAGCAACAGGAAAAGAUGAUGUUGGAGCUACAGGAGAAGAUGAGGUUGGAGCUACAGGAGAUGAUGAUGUUAGAGCAACAGGAGAAGACAAUGUCGGAGCUAGAGGAGAUGUUGAGGUUGGAGCAACAGGAGAAGAUGAUGUUAGAGCAACAGGAGAAGAUGAGGUUGGAGCUACAGGAGAUGAUGAUGUUAGAGCAACAGGAGAAGACAAUGUCGGAGCUAGAGGAGAUGUUGAGGUUGGAGCAACAGGAGAAGAUGAUGUUGGAGCUACAGGAGAUGAUGAUGUUAGAGCAACAGGAGAAGACAAUGUUGGAGCUACAGGAGAUGAUGAUGUUAGAGCAACAGGAGAAGACAAUGUCGGAGCUAGAGGAGAUGUUGAGGUUGGAGCAACAGGAGAAGAUGAGAUUGGAGCCACAGGAGAUGAUGAUGUUGGAGCAACAGGAGAAGAUAAUGUCGGAGCUAGAGGAGAUGUUGAGGUUGGAGCAACAGGAGAAGAUGAUGUUAGAGCAACAGGAGAAGAUGAGGUUGGAGCUAGAAGAGAUGUUGAGGUUGGAGCAACAGGAGAAGAUGAUGUUAGAGCAACAGGAGAAGAUGGAGCAACAGUUGAAGAUGAUGUUUGA